AUGACCCUAGAAACUAGAGACCAUGUCCUGCGAGUAUGUCCUCGUGCCCAGGAGGUCUGGAAUUUGGUUGGAAUUGAUAUCAACAUUGGUACCCACUUUAAAACCUGGUUCAAAGAUCUUAUCACUACCAUUGUUCCCCACCAAAAAUAUACCAUACCGCGUAAUGUGCUUGCUGUCUUUCUUUGUUGGCAAAUUUGGCUACGUCGUAAUGCUUGGCUUUUUAGAAAAGAAAAUACUCCAGCUAGUGUCCUACUAAAAACAUCACAUUGGGCCGCCACUGAAUGGUUCUUCACUCAGAACCAACCUAAAGUGGGUAAAGCUCCCAACUCUUCACCACCCAACAUUCUUUGGACCCCACCGCCACAUCACCAAUUAAAAAUCAACACUGAUGCUGCCUUUCUUUCAUCUACUAAACAAGUUUUCCUUGGGGCUACUUGUCGUGAUAAUAAUGGAUUUUGGAUUGAGGGUUUCCAACUAGCUACUUACACACAUAAUGCAUUUGAGGCUGAAAUUAAAGCAAUCUACACAGCUUUGAAGUGGGCAAAAGAAAGAAAUUGGGGUGAAGUGAUAGUGGAGACGGACUGUCUUCGAGCCAAGAUGGCUAUCUUGAAUGAAAAUACCAUUAACAGCCACGAAUCCGAUUUAUUAUGUUUGUGCAGGGAGUUGCUCCACGGGCAAGAAGGACUUAGACUCACCUUCAAUGGACGAGGAGCAAACAAGCUUGCAGAUAGUAUUGCAAAAGAUGCAAAAGAGAAACAGGACGGCUUUAACACUUUGUGUAUUUUGAGCGCCCCUCCCCCGGAUUGUAUUAAAUUUUAUGAACAUGAUAGACUUAAUGCUUUAGCUUCUUUAUCGUAUGUACUAAACAGUAACGUAACUUAA